AUGUCACUCGAUACGCCAAUCAGAGCUAUGUCAUUCAGUUACAACAUGCCCAUUACUACAUACCACAUUCGUGCAUACCUGAAGCCCUUCAUCGCUCUCCGAAAGGCAUGCAUAUACAUCUCGAAGCAUCUGGUCAACUUGAGGUCACUGAUCCUCUUCAUUACCCUUUUGGACAGAGAUCUCGGAAAAGUGCUGAACAACCCGAAAGCCAACUGGAUCCAGUCUUUAAGAUUACUGCGUCCACAGAAUAAGUUCGAGAUCCGCUGCAGUCUCCACGAGUCGAAAUCCCCAGACCAUUCGCCACGUACGGAAGAGCCAAAGGAAAGCCCGAACCACGCAGACGCUGAGAAAUGUCUUGAGAUGCUUCUCAAGCCGGAGGGAUUGUUCGAGCGAGAUCAGACAGAGUUGGCUAAGAGUGAUGUCCGGGGGUUUAUUGAGGUAAUGGAUUGCGAGAUGCAGGCAGGCUUAGGCUGGAUGGAGAUGGAGAGUGCAGAAGGAGUCGUAGAGUAUAGCACUGGGGCUUUCUUACUUGUCGAUGACAGCGUUGCUGUGUGA